AAACAAUCAGUGAGAGAGAGAGGAAUGGAGUCAACAUUUUCAACUUGUUCCCUUCUUUUUUAAAAUUGGUCAUUGUAUUGUAUGUGGAGAUGAUGAAUUCAGAGAUAAGAGGUAGAGACAACUAGACAUUUCUUUUUCACUCAAAGAAAUGUCAGAACCAUCCACUCCCAAUUCCAGCUUUCAAAGUCAAAUCCCUUCGCUUUAGGCGGCCAUAAUCCAACUGUUCAUACUUUUUCGUAUAACCAAUUCUCUUCAAUCAUCUUCAUCCACAGCUACAAACAAAACCUUCAAAGAUGAUAAACCAAAACACCCAAUUUUUUAUCCUCAAACCCUUCCUUUCUCCCAUCACCAAUUCCUACAUCAUCAUCUUCUGCCUCCUUGCCCAAAUCACUUCUUCUCAAGUCGAUCCUAAAUUCGUUGCUUGUGCACCCAAAACCUGCCCCAACAACAACCAAUCUAUAAGCUUUCCUUUUUACAUCCAAGGAACGCAAGAACCUUACUGUGGGAGCCCUGGUUUUGAAAUCUCCUGUUCUCUUGAUGGCUUCCCUAUCCUCAAUCUCUCUCACACCCAAUACCUCAUUCAUCAAAUCUUCUACCAAAAUCAGUCCCUGCGACUGUCCAAUGCCGCGUUCUCAGCUAUGCAAUCAAACACCACCAGAGGUUGUCUUGUUCCAACUCAGAAUCUCACUCUUCCUCAUACUAACGUUUUCGGUGUUGCUCCGAAUCAAACGGACAUGGUGUUGUUCUACGGCUGUGACGCACCUUCGCUUCACGAACACAGAGUUGGGUGUUCUGCAGAAAACGAGACGAGUUCCGUUUUGGCAUUGGAUAAAAGAGAUGAAAAUAUAAGCGUUGUGGCAGAGAAUUGCAAAGGUGAGGUGGUGGAUACGGUUGUGGAAGAUGGAAUAGGAGGGGUUGCUGAAGCGUUGAGCAAAGGGUUUUUGCUGUCGUGGACUGCGAGUAACUGCAGCGUCUGCAACAGUACCGGAGGGAGGUGCGGUUUAGAUUAAAAUAUAUACGCUUUCAGGUGUUAUUGCACUGACAGAGUUCAUUCUGCCAAAUGUGGAGCGGAUGAUCCAGGGACUACAUGUUAGCUGUACUGAAACUGCAUAAUUGCAAUGGCUGGAUGAACACAAGCGUUAAUAGGAAAAUACCUAUACAGACUACUAAAAUAUUGAAUUUUGGAAUUAAAUUUAAAGAUUUAAUAAAGUUGCUAAUACUUUAGUUUUUAGACU